CGGCUAUUAUUUUGUGUUUUUUUCGUUGCUUGCAAAUUUUUCAACAAAAUUUUGAAUUUAAUUUAUUUUUUUAAUACACACAACUUAAUCUCUGACCAAAAUAAAAGUCACAUAAGCAGAGGCACACUCUGUUUACAAUGGCGGGCAAUUUCUGGCAAAGCUCGCACUCACAACAAUGGAUAUUGGACAAACAGGACUUGUUGCGAGAACGCCAAAGUGAUUUGCUAGUGCUCAGCGAGGAUGAGUACCAGAAGAUCUUUAUAUUCUUUGCGAAUGUUAUACAAGUGCUGGGGGAACAGCUGAAACUGCGCCAGCAAGUUAUUGCCACGGCUACAGUUUACUUUAAGCGCUUCUAUGCGCGCAACUCGCUGAAGAAUAUAGAUCCGCUGCUGCUGGCGCCCACCUGCAUAUUGCUGGCAUCUAAAGUGGAGGAGUUUGGUGUCAUUUCCAAUUCGCGUCUUAUUUCCAUCUGUCAGUCGGCCAUCAAGACAAAGUUUAGCUAUGCCUAUGCGCAUACACAGGAAUUUCCCUAUCGCACCAAUCACAUACUCGAGUGUGAGUUUUAUUUGCUAGAGAAUCUGGACUGCUGCCUGAUAGUGUUUCAACCCUAUCGCCCACUGCUUCAGCUCGUGCAGGACAUGAGUCAGGACGAUCAGCUACUCACGUUAAGCUGGCGCAUAGUAAACGACUCGCUGCGCACGGACGUCUGUUUGCUCUAUCCGCCGUAUCAGAUUGCCAUUGCUUGUCUGCAAAUAGCCUGCGUCAUUUUGCAAAAGGAUGCCACCAAGCAAUGGUUUGCUGAACUAAAUGUGGACUUAGACAAGGUGCAGGAGAUAGUACGCGCCAUAGUUAAUCUUUACGAGAUGUGGAAAGACUGGAAGGAAAAAGACGAAAUACAAAUGCUACUGGCUAAAAUACCCAAACCUAAGCCACCACCACAGCGUUAAAUUGAGAUUGGACUUGCAUACAUUUUUUUUAUUAUACUACUAUUUAUUAAGAUUAAAGAUAUUGCUUAGAGAUACU